GGCACAACGCUCACAGCCUCUUGACCACCCAUAACACCUUGUUUAUCAGAAGCAGGAUUAAUUAUUUAUUAUUGCAGGUUGCACUUUGAGAACAUUAGAAAGCCUCAGUUUAGAAUACUUGAUAUUGUGUUGGCCAGUGAAGCGCAUUCCAAUCCCAGUGAGCGUCGGGCUGCAGGCGGCGGCGCGGGCGGUCACCGCGUCUAUAGUGAGGCAGUGUCUGUCUCCCGAGGCGACGAGGUUGCACGUCAGGGACCCGCCUGGCCCAUGGAGGGGUUGACUCUCUAUUAGGUGUAAAAAGAGUGAAGCAACAGCAUGGCCUCAAGCUCGGUCAGCCAGGAGGACGUUGACCUGGACUUUGAGACGUCUUCACGCAGGUCUCGCAUCCGCACAGCUCGAGCCAGAAACAUCAACCCACCCUCCCGCCCAGGUGAAGCUGAUGAAGAAGGUGAGGCCAGUGAGAGGGAGACUGGCACUGGAGGUCUUUUCCCUGGGUCUCAGGACCACGACGCAAGCCCCAAGCCAGCCACCAGGCUUAAAGAGAAGAGGAUGAACAGACCCAAUCACACUAACAAGGGGAAGCAACAACGUGACAGGCGAAAACUGCGAGAGAAGAGACGGAGUACUGGUGUCGUUCACCUUCCUUCCACUGAGUCUACUGGAGGGAGCACUGGUGAAGAUGAAGAGCUUCUGUCCAUGACAGCUGAGACCCGACGCAACACUCAUUACAACGAACAUCCAGAGAAAGAAAAGGCUACUCCCAGUUCAGGGGACUACCACCAUCAUCAUCAUCACCACCACCACCACCACCAUCACCAUUCAGCAAAUCAAGGCUCUACACCGAUGGCUGAUCACAAGCACAAGAAAUUCACAAGUCACAGAAACAAAAGCCCAAGUGACCUUGAAGCUGAUGAUGAGGAUAACCAAGAUUAUGACUCCUUGACCAUGAGUGACUCCACCUUGUCCCUAGUGCAGCCUGCCUCAUCAGCCAUCACCACUACACAUGCUACCACCACACAUGCUACCACCACACAUGCUACCACCACACAUGCUACCACCACUCUUCAGGCUACACGGCCUCCUGCCAAUGGCCGACCUGCAACACCUACUUCAGAGAGUGUUGAUGAACUGCUGGAGAGUGCCCGAGAAGAAAAUCGUCGGUUAUUGGGUUUAUUGGAGGAGAGAGACCGCCGCAUCACCUCGUUAGAAUCUCGGUUGUCUAUACUGAGUGGAGAGUUGACUCAAGCCUCCACUGAACGCUCUAAUCUUCGGCAAGAGAAUACAGCUCUUAUACGGGCUAUGGCAUCUCUCACAGCUCAGUAAUAUUCACACACACACAAAAGAAAAAAAGAAUAAAUGCAAGGUGGGACCCAUAUAUAUAUAUAUAUAUAUAUAUAUAUAUAUAUAUAUAUAUAUAUAUAUAUAUAUAUAUAUAUAUAUAUAUAUACAUCUUAUGUGUUCCUGAUUUUUGUACAGCUAUUUCCAGAGGAGACCGACGAUACUCAAAUUUUCACUUUGAAGUCUUAAAAGUGAACUUGUCUUCUGUUCACUUAUUAGUGGCUGCUAUUGUAAUUUUAUUGUGAACAAUUGCUUACACAUGCAAUUUCUACUGUAGUCAAUAAUUAUUAUGAAAAUUUAAGGAGUGAGUAUUUGAGCUGAAUAUAUAAAGCCUCAAUCUCUGCAUGUAUUGCUUGUCCCAUUGGCAUUGAAUGAGUGCUAUGGAACUUUCAGCUACAUAUUUUAUUUUUUUAUCAACCUUUAAAAAGACUGGUUUAUAUAUUUUCAUUUUAUUACCUUUAAUAUUUUUAUUUUACAUUUUGUUUAACUAGUGUGUUUAAUUGUAACAUAAAUGUUAUUAGUUGUAAAGAGUAAUCAGUAUUUGAAUAUUGUUAUGGUAAAGUCAAAAUUUUGGGAAUCAUGAUUCAUCCUCAUCAACAUUAGUGCUGUCAUCAUCAUAAUCGUCAUAGUGAUUGGCAGCCAUAACUAGUCUAGUGCAGGACAAAGAUGUCUCCCAACCGUCUCCUUUCAUCUUCAUCUGCUGCUCAUCUGUUCCAAUUUUCUUUGGUGGAUUUAUAUUAUUAUUUAUUUAUUUAUUUAUUUUUUUUUUAUAUUCUGUCUGUCUAUCCUACUCUCUUAAUCACCGGAUUGCCAUUCUAUUUCAUCUAUGUAGAAUGUUAAUUUUCCAGACUAAUGUGAUGGAAAUACAAACUGCUUGUUUGAGCGUUCUGUGUAUGAUUACUUGUUUUGUAACAACUUGUGAUAUGAUGAAAAGAAUAGUACAUUGCUUCAUUUAUAACCUUAGUAAAUGUAAGGGAUAACUUAUAUUUUUUUUCAUGUAAUUGUUACAAAAUUUGUGGAUAUAAUUUAUUAAGAAAUUUUACACCAUCCAUUGGGGCAAGUUUGUCAUGAAGAGGUGAGCACUACUUGGGACCUGGUAAAUGUCUUUUCCUGUUCAAGAUUUAGAAUCUUUAUUGUAGGCAGUUUAUAUAUAUAUAUAUAUAUAUAUAUAUAUAUAUAUAUAUAUAUAUAUAUAUAUAUAUAUAUAUAUAUAUAUAUAUAAACAACAUAGAUGUGAAUAUCCAUUAUAAUUAUAGCAAAUGCCAUAGUUGAUUAUAUAGAAUAUAUAUAUAUGAAAACUUAAGCUGUAUAUUGAGUGGUGGAUGGGAUUCCACACAUUAUUUUUCUGCUAAAUAUCACAUUUAUUAUAUUUGAUAUCCCACAUAUAGCCAUUCAAAAUUAGAAAUAUCCAUAGUGAUAGAAAUUUUAAGUGAUUACGUAUGUCAGGUCCCACAAUGUUCGUUGAUUAUAAAAAUAGGUUCGUUCCUGUCUGGAAUAUUAUCAUUGUUUUUUCUAUUUCUUGCUACUUAACAUUCCUUCUUGUCUUAUAGUAUACAAGAGUUAGUCAUCUAUAUAAUAUUGACUCACUUCUAACUGUUAAUGCUUAUAUGUACACACACACACACACACACACACACACACACACACACACACACACACACACACACACACACACACACACACACACACACACACACACACA